AUGUCGGAACGAGGCUCCUUCCGUGGUGGUCGUGGUCGUGGCGGAGGUUAUGACCGGUCCCGUGGUGGUCACGCCAAAAGUGGCGGUGCUGGUGGCGGUGCGCAACAACAACAGGAGAAGCCCAAGAAGGAAAACAUCCUCGACCUCACCAAGUACAUGGAUAAGGAGGUGCGCGUCAAGUUUAAUGGCGGACGAGAGGUCCUCGGUCUGUUGAAAGGCUACGAUCAGCUCAUGAACCUUGUGCUGGACGAUGUGAAGGAGACCAUGCGGGAUGAUGAGGGUAAUGAGACCACCCGUUCGCUGGGCCUCAUCGUCGCCCGUGGCACCUUGAUUGUACUCAUCUCACCUGCCGAUGGGAGCGAAGAGAUUGCCAAUCCUUUUGUCCAGCAGGAAGAGUAA